AUGCUUAAAUCAACGAUCAGUAGCAAACACAAUAUUGACAUCAGUCAAUACCUCCGAUUACAAGCUUUUUUAAAAAAACAAAGUAUUGCAUUCCAGUCUGAAAAGUCAAAAGUUUUUUCGCUUGAAGAAAUCAAUAAAUUUAUCCGUGAAGCUUCCGAUGAGAAGCUUCUGUUUAAAAAAGUUGUAGCGAUUCUUGGGGUUCUCGCAGCAUGUCGUGAAGAAGAACUUUGCGAUUUAAAGGUCAAAAGUUUUCAAGAGUAUGACGGAAAGUUGUUAAAAGUAGACCUCAAAGAUAGAAAAACUCACGAAGAUCGGUCUUUUACAAUUAAAGGAGAGUUUUUGAGGAUUAUCAAAAAUUACAUCAAUUUACGACCGAAGAAUUUUGAGCAUGAC